AUGGCAACUUUUCAAAAGAAAGUUCCUAAUGGGCGACUCAAAGGUAAAGCUAGAAGGGAAGCCGGACUUCAUGAAAUGCCUCCAGCCACUGCGUCUUCCGCCUACACCAAGCCAACCGAAACUGAGGAGGAAGCCCGGACGUCGUCAGAUGACAAGGGCCUGGUGCAUCUCGAUGUUGCUACGACAUCUGCAGCGACAAUGAUCGCAGAGAAACUCAAAGAAGCUGUCGACGCUGAAUCCGUUGACGCGUGA